AUGGGAAAAAAGAGAAGAGCAGCCAUCUUGCCCACCAAUAUUAUCUUGUUGCAGAAUGUGGUUCGUCGAGACCCAGAAUCCUAUCAUGAGGAAUUCGUCCAGCAGUACUCACACUAUGAAUCUUUAAGAGACAUUUUCUUGCUUAACCCCACCGCCGACCAAGGCAGCGAUUUUGCCGAUUUGAUUGGGUUUGUCAGUGCUGUGUGUUCUUGUUACCCCAAGGAAACUGCCAACUUUCCCCAGGAAUUGAAAAGUAUCUUGUUGAGUAACCACAGAGACCUCUCUCCAGAUUUGAGGGAGAAGAUUAUUCAAUGCUUAACCAUGUUGCGGAACAAAGACAUCAUCAGCGCCGAAUCUCUUAUUCUGACGCUCUUUCCACUUCUACAAUCAUACAGCAGUUCUGCGCAGAACAGCUCCACUACGUCGCUGAAUGCUAAAGCUGUCAGACAUCAGAUAUACUCCACAUUGAUUUCGCUUUUGAAGUCGGUCAAUACUGGUGCUAAGAACCAGAAGAUCAACAGAUCCACUCAGGCAUUACUAUUUAACUUGUUGGAGCAAAGAGACAACCAGGGUUUGUGGGCUACUAAGUUGACUAGAGAGCUUUGGAGAAGAGGUAUCUGGGACGAUUCACGUACAGUGGAAAUUAUGACACAGGCAGCACUUCAUCCCGAUGUCAAGGUUUCUGUUGCUGGUGCCAAGUUCUUCAUGGGUGCCGAUAAGGAGAGACAGGAGAACUUUGAGGAGAACUCUUCCGAUGAAGAGUCCUUUGACAUGGGUGCUUUGAAGCACAAGAUGCAGAUCAAUAAGAAAACUUCCAAGAGAGGUAAAAAGGUGGAGCAGGCCAUGAAAGCUAUGAAGAAGAAAAAUAGCGCAAAAAUCUCGGCCACUUACUUGAACUUUUCGGCUAUCCAUUUGCUCAGAGACCCGCAGGGUUUCGCUGAGCAACUUUUCGACGGUCACUUGAGUCACAAGAAUGCUAACAAGUACGACUUAGACCAAAAGAUUCUAUUCAUGAAUCUUAUUUCCAGAUUAAUUGGUACACAUAAAUUGACUGUGUUGGGCAUCUACUCAUUUUUCCUUAAGUACUUGACUCCUAAGCAGAGAAAUGUUACUCAGAUUAUGGCAGCUGCUGCCCAAGCAUCUCAUGACUUGGUUCCUCCUGAAUCCAUUUCUGUCGUGGUAAGAAAAAUUGCUGAUGAUUUCGUCAGUGAUGGUGUGGCUGCUGAAGUUGCUGCUGCUGGUAUCAACACCAUCAGAGAAAUUUUGGCCAGAGCACCUUUGGCCAUUGAGCCUCCAUUGUUGCACGACUUAACUGAAUAUAAGGGCUCCAAGUCCAAGCCUGUGAUGAUGGCCGCAAGAUCGUUGAUCUCCUUGUACAGAGAAGUUGCACCUGAGAUGUUGCAGAGAAAGGACAGAGGUAAGACUGCCUCAAUGGAAUUGCAACAUGGUGAGAAGAAGGGAACUCCAACUUUCGGUGUUGAGGGCUCGAAUGUUACCUCGAUUCCAGGUAUUGAGCUUUUGGCUAAAUGGAGAAAGGAACAAGGCUUGCAGGAUGACGAAGAUAACGAAGCUAACUGGCAAGUUGAUCUGGAGUCCGAGGCAAGUGACAUUGAAGGAGAUUGGGUGACUGUGGAGUCUGACAAGGAGUAUAAUAUUUCCUCUGACUCUGAGGAUGAGAAAGAUGAGAAGGAUGCUGAAAACAACGAAGAGGAGGAAGCUGACUCUGAGGACUCUGACCUUGAUCUUUCUGGAGAUGAAGGUGAUGAGCCACCAAAGAAAAAGAAGAAGGUUGCAGCCAAGGCGGAUGGUAAGGAUUCUAAAGACAUUAAGCCUGCUGCUCAGACCGCCGAGGAAGCUAUGAACGAAAUGUUGUCUAGUCGUAUUUUGACGCCAGCCGAUUUCGCCAAAUUGCAAGAGUUGAGAACUCAAGCCGGUGUCGAUAAGAUCCUUGGAACUCAGCACAAUGAAGAGGAAGUGGAUUCCACAUCUUUGGUGGGUAAGGUGAAGUACAAGCAGUUGCGUGAAGAGAGAAUCGCCCAGGCCAAGGAAGGAAGGGAGGACAGAGAGAAAUUCGGAUCCAGAAAGGGUAAGAGAGAUGCGCCACAUUCCACCACAAACAAAGAGAAGGCAAGAAAGAAGAAUUUCGUUAUGAUGAUCCACAAGAAGUCUGUGCAAGGUAAGCAGAAGAUGUCUCUUCGUGACAGACAGAAGGUAUUACGUGCUCAUAUUACCAAGCAGAAGAAGAAGGGUUUCUGA